UCACACAAUCGCAAUACAAGCAACAUCACCGCUACCGUAAGCCCCAGCGCCACACCAAGAUCGUGUCAUACUUCCAGUUUCCUUCGAGACUCGACUCGAAACACGAAACCACUUGAAGAGCUCGCAUUGCAGUCGAAACACCCAACACAAGUCCGACACUUUUGAUAUACCAUAAACAAUCUAUCGGCCAGUGAUGUGUUCCAUCACCCCCGAGCUCUUUGCCCGCCUCCUCCCCGUUCACCACAUGAUUUUCGACUACCUCUCCCAAUCCUCUCCACACCUCAUCGCCCAGCUCAACAAGUCCUAUCAUCGCAAAACUCUCCCGAGUUUGUAUCGCGUCGUCCCGGUCAACCGCAAGUCCAUAGCGAUGUUUGAUAUGAACUCGACUCGCCUGGAUUCGCCGUUACCGUGCCCUGCCCAUCAUACAGAGGUGCUCCGAGUGGUCAACCUCGAGUCUGCCUUGCUGUUUGUAAACUAUCGUCUGGAGUAUAACGGGCAAGAUCCUUCUCCCAGAGACUUUCCCAUCAUACCUCUAGUCAAGCAGGUAGAGUUCUCAUUUGCGGUCUUCCAGGAAGACUUCUUCAGUCGAUUCUACAUCCGCAUGGUUAAUCUAUCCUGCCGAGAGAGAACACUCCAGAAUGAGCUUCGCCCCCAAAGCCAGCUCAAAGAGUUUCUCGUGCACAUCGACUGCAGCAGUGAAAAGGCAAAAAUCACGGAUUUCUAUCUAACUGUAGAAGGAAUUUCUCGGUAUCGGACCGCUGACUUCAACCAUGCCGAUACGUUGACCCUUGUCUUACAUGUCCCAGAGAACGGCCAGAUGGUCUUCCGGGGAGCCGACAUCGAUCGCCAAACCUUCUAUAAACUCCGAUUCAUGCUCCCGCCCAGACUCGAGACGAAAGAGGAAGGCUCUACUGGGUGUACGACUGGCGUCUCUGCUCCCUCGCCCGAGGUCCUCAAUGCUUUCGCAGCUCUUAUUGGCGACUUCGCUUUCCAUAUCCUCGUGGAUGAUGUGGGUAGUGAUCUCGAGGAGGUGGAAGAGUGGCAAUUGAUGGGGCUUGCCUUGGACACUUAUACCUUCGAAGUGUGCUGUCGAAGUGCGGGCGAGGUAAAGCAGCUUGCGAAGAGACACUUGCGGUCGAGGCAUCCUAGGCUAGCGGACCCUAAUCUUGAUUGGCCUGUGCGAUUCUUGGAGUUAGACAAGGAGACGGUUGAUGACUCCAUCCCGGCAACUCUUCAAGAGCAGAAGCUUCCCAUUCUCGUCAAGCAUCAGGAGUGCCCCGCUGGUCCGGCUUCGCGAUUGACAUACUUUCAGCUGUCUUUUAGACGUAUCUGA